AUGGCACCGAAAAGGGGAGGUCUUAGUUUAGCCCGAAAGAAGGAGUUGCAGAACUUGUUUCACAGCGCAGACACCGAUGCCAGCGGCUUGCUGAGCUUCACCGAGAUGAAAAUGGUGCUGCGGGAGGGCAACCCCUCGCUGACAGACAAAGAGUUGGCACUCCUAUUUCGGGAGAUCGAUACCAAUGGCGAUCUGACAGUCGACUUCAAAGAAUUCGCCAGGUAUUUGAAUUCCAUGAGCGCCAGCAAGUUGAAGAAGUCCAAAUCCAGGGAGCAGGUGACAGCAGACAGGUGCAAAGAGGAGUUCUGGAAAGUGGACGAAAACAGCGAUGGCACUUUGAGUCGAGGGGAAAUGACGUUGCUUCUGCGGAAGGGGAAUCCCGAGAUCACCGAAGAGGAGCUGGAGCUUCUGUUUGACACCAUGGACCAGGAUGGCAAUGGCUCGUUGGAUUUCUCUGAGUUUGUGGAUUACAUCACAGGAGCCAAGGCGCAAGGAGAGGCAGAGCCAGAGAAAGAGGAGAAGUUUUCGGACACGAUUUUUUGGGUCGACACCGUGCCGUUGCCAGAGGUGUAUCAACAGAGAUCCUCGCACAUCGCAAUGGCGCAUGAAAGAGCCAUCUACCGGCCGCAGUUGGAUGAGCUGAUGAAACUCAUCAAGGAGGUGUUGGAAGCAGUGUCCAUCAGCGAGGGCACGCGACGCCUGACCUGGGGGAGCCUCAACAUGUACCAAGCGAGUGAGCAUUUCUUGAAGCCUCUGACGCAGCGCUUCGAUCCCUGCUCCUUUGUGGAGCUGGUUGCUGCGGAACCACAGGUUCCGGAGUGGUUCGUCAGCCAUUGGUGGGGUACUCCACUGGUGCAAACAUUUGCAAUGCUGAAGUAUCAUCAAGAACAGCGGGAGGGGGAAGCCUCUGCUUGGUGGAUCGAUUCCUUCGCCAGAUGCUUGCAUUGCGUGCAGCCGACCCGCUUCCCAGCUCCAAAGGAUCUGGAAGACGCAGCGUUUUGCAAGGUCUUAAUCAGCACCACCUGUGUGGGCAGCGUGGUUCUACUGGAUUCCAGCGGCAUGGCCUUCAGUCGCUCGGAGGGUGGUCCGAAACGUCUUAAACAAGCAGCGCAAACAAGCGCUGAUCCUUGA